UGCAUCUCUUCCAGUGUCUGCACGCCUGAGACGUGACUUUGAUGCACGACCGAUCAGCGUUGGGUAUCCCUGGACCGUGGCGUGGCUGGGGCCAGGCCAGGCCCCUCCCAGCACUUUCCGCCGCUCCUGAGAGCUGCAUUGGUGGUGCAGAAGAAGCAAGAACAACCUGGCAGGGUCCAAGCAGCAGCAACAGCAGCAGCAGCCGAGUAAACGCACACGUCCCCAGGUCUCGAGCAUGAAAGCCGUCGAUAAUCUAGUCGCCCUCACAUCCUCUCGUCCCAGCCUCUGCACGCCUCAAAACGCCUCCCGGCCCGCUGCAGAAGCACUACGCUCCUCGGAACGCUGCCCAGCCAUCCGAGCGCACACAUCGUCAACCACCCGCCACACGAGCCUCGACGUCCUCGUGCCUGCUGCUGCCGGGUCUGGUAUAGAUGCAGAUGUGCCCGCAUCGACUGCAGCUCCUGCCCGCACGCCGGGACUGCUCUGUGCGGCCCGACUCGUCUGUCCUGCUCGCCUCACUGCUGGCACUAUAAUGCCCCAACUCAUCAUCGCCCUUCGGCUCCAUCUCAUCCACACAUCUGUCCCUACAUGCCUGCUUGCUUUUGAUGGCACGUUCCCCCAGCCUUGCAAGCCUACCAACUCCUCGUCUUCAUCAAAGUCAUUACGGCAUUCCUGAUCAGAGGCCACGGCGGUCGGCCGUGCGGUAAACCCACCAGCACCGUUUUCAGAUGGCUCGCUGUCUGGCCAUUUAUAUCCUUCCAACCA